CCGGCGACGGCGAACAAGGCCCGGGCGCCCCUGCUUCCUGCUUGUCCCCGACCGCAUCCCCCCACUUCUCUGCCCUCACGCACCACCGAGGGCGAGCUCCGCGCGACGCCGGCCGCGACAACAGCGACUCGAGAAGAAAUGGUGGUGGUCGCGGCUGUCGGCCCCGCUCUGCUUCCGCCCUCACCAGCACGCCCACCCACGCCGCGUCAACACCCAGUGCAUAGAGAUGCCGUCAUAUGUCGUGUACAAGGGUGAGGUUCCCGGAGUCUACGACGACUGGGAGGAGUGUCGGAGACAGGUUCACCGUUUCAGCGGUAACAGUUACAAAGGGUACUCCACUAGGGCGAAGGCCGAAGCUAGAUGUGCGCGCUAUCUAGCGAGAGAGAGGAGGGAGCGGAGGAGGAACCGGAUAAAGAUCAGUUUCAUCGCAAUGAUGCUCAUUGUGACCGCAACCCUCUUCAAUGUAAUGGUAGUUUAG